AACCGAAAACCGCCGUUGAUCUACAGUAAAUGUAGUCCGUUUUGUUUUUUCACCGGUGAGAUAAACAACUAUGGAGUUAUCAUCACUCAUAAAGAAGAUCGGACACUCCUUAGUGGAAAUCAGAGUUCGGGCUCUUAAAAAUAUCAGAAGCAAACUGGAUCAUGGUCUCAUCGCCAUUCCUGAUCUGGUCCAAGAAAGGAUGCUGUUUGUCUUCCUUUUGGAAUGGUUUAAUUUUCCGGAGGUUCCAAUACAGGAGGAAGUUCUGGAGUUGAUCGGCAUGCUGUCCAAGCACCCAAGCGGAGCCCAAAUGCUACGGGAGGUAGGGGCUGUCGAAUUCCUAACACAGCUCUCGCCUAAUGUGGAUCCUCGCCUCCGAACAAUCAUAGACGGCAUCUUCGAUCAGCUCUUCCACCUCCCAGAGGCCCUGCCUAGUUGUCCACCCACAACCUCCUACGAGCCACACUCUGUUCCCUCACUGCAGACGGAAGACGACUCGUCGACUAGGGGAUAUUUCCAGUGCAGUAAACCCAAGCAGACAGAUGCUCCCACCCCCAGAGUAUCAUUCAGUACUUCUGUAAGAUGCUUGAAGUUCUCUGUUUUUCCAUGGCUGUCCUUGAACACAACCGAUCGACAUAUAUUGUCAUCAAAUGAAAGUUCCCUCAGAAGCGACAAUCACAAUUUAGUACGAACCACCUGCGAGCUGCUUCGUGACGUCAUCAUGCAAGACUUCCCUGCUGAAAUAUUCCUGCAAAGGCCAAGUACAGUUCAAAGUCUGCUGUCACUUCUCGGUCUGAAUGUUGAUGGUGAUGUCAGCUACCUGACGUUUCAGGCAUUGGCCUGUCUGGAACAGCUUUGCAGGAACUUGAGGAGCCGCCUACGUUUCUACAGAGAUCCAAGCUUCUGCUCAUCCAAGCAAGACCCUGUUUCUCAGAACUCGUCUAUCUCCUAUCCUCAGGAGGUGAGGGCUACCCAACACUCGGGAGUCUCUUCCCCAGAGGAAAUCUCCACCAGACCCUCUGUGGUGGGCAGACCCGGUCAGCGGUUACGUGGGGAUGGCCAGGACGGAGAUGCUGCCUCUUCUAGCGGUAGCAGCAGUCAGAGAGGGGCUCCCCCCAGGCCAGCCCAACAGUCUCCCCUCCUGCAGCCCCACCCGGAGCUCCCUCCGGAGAUGGAAGCGGAGGACUCGCUGGAGCUGCAGCUGCAGCAGUGGAGCCUGGCUAGAUUCGCCGUGGACGCCGUGAAGCAUGCUCUCCCUCUCAUCAGGACAGAGAGCCUGAAGGUUUUCCAACGGGUGCUAGAGCUGCUGACAGAGGCACAGGGGCUGCUGGGAGACAGCAUAGCCCCCGAGGUGUGGGACGAGCACAGCCUGACUGCGAUAGAGCUGAGGGAGAAAUUACAAGCAUGUAUAGAGACAUUGGGAGAUGUUAUAUGCUACUACCAUGGCAUGACUUCCUCUGAACAACCAGAAUCGUCUCUGAUCCACCACCGAAUGGUCUUCACAGGCACUGCCAUUUUCACAAUACGUCUCCUGCAAACCUUGUUACCUGUGGAGAAGGCUGGAGAUAACCUUCCGGAAAGUACAGUGGCUGCCAUUUUCCUUGUGUGUCUCGAUUCAUCCUUCAGUGUGGCGUACCCCCUCAUCCAUGAGUCAGCCGUGGCGUACCUAGAACAAGCUUGCUUUGAAAGAUACAGCCUGUAUCGUAGAGUAUCACGCAUUUCUCACUGCAUGGAGGCUACAUGCACUUUUUUAAAGGAUGCACAGGCUGAGGGUGAUAAGAAUUGGCAUGAGCUUUUGGAACUCGCUGACCAAGGAAUAGAUGCUUUUCUGUACCAUCAGCACUUACCGGUGGUGAAGGAAUGCGUCCAGAUUUGCUCCUACCUGUGGAAAUUUGCACAAGCAAGCCCGCUCCUGCAGUCGGAGAGUCAGAAGAUAUUUCUGAAACUUUUGUCUCAUCCUCUGUCCCCGGUGAAGGCAGAAACCUACUCCUGCACUCUGAGCAUUUUGAAGGAGUGUUUAGGAGUUCAGAAUGUGGCCAAACCUGCCACAUCCAUCUGCAGCGGAGUGCAUUUCUUGCUUCAUUCCCGUGUCCUGUAUGAGAUCAGUAUGUUUGGCCUUCAAGACCAAGCAAGAGAGGUGAGCGCUGCUGCCAAGGAUCUUCUACUCUAUCUGCUGAAGGGACGAUUGAUGAUGACAGCUGCAAGUUGGAGCAGAUUUAAUGAGGCACUUUACCCGGUCAUUCCCAUAUUACAGAGUUACGCAAGCACUGAGGAUGCCCUGGGAAACUGUAUCCUGCUGAUAAGUGAAGCAUCUGCUGAAAAGGGAGGUGAGGUGUGCUCACUGACUGCUAGACUGCGGGCGGCCCUCCGGCUUCUGUUCACCAAGCAUCAUGCUGUGAGGAAUACAGCAGUCCAACAUCUGCUACCACACCUGACCAGCGCUGGUGGAGCCAGACCAACCCUGGACAGCUCCACACCGUCAUGUUUACCAGAUCUCUAUGUUCUUAAUAAAAGUGUGGACAUCAAGUUGAGCAAUUCAGACAAGUCAUAUGUGAAGGUGGAGUCUGUAAAUAAGUUGUACAAUAUUCUCACGUCAGAAACGGUAGAUCUUGUUUUGCGGAGAUCUGCGGCUGAACAGCUGACUAUUGUUCUGCAAGAUUUAUCAAUGCAUGCUGUGCUGAAGGCCUUUGGUUUAUCAGACAUGCUCAUAUCUUUCAUCACGGAGUGUGUCAACAACAGUGUGGCGAGCAUGGAUUGCUUGUUGGAGCCCAGCAUAUGCAUGCUGAGGAAGCUGGUGUUUGCAGACCCCUCCCUGCGUCACAGUCUGGCUCAGCAGACGUCUCUUCUCAUCAUGCUGCUCAGAGCUUCUCUGUUGAUAAAGGAGAAGCAGGGUGAUGUGAGCGAGGCUGCCGCAUUGAUGUGUAUUCUGCUGUUUGAUGAAAUAGCAAGAAUGGAUGUUUGGACUGAUAAAGCUGGCCCAGACACAGGCCUGUCUUCCUUCUCACUGCCUGCUGCCAUUAUACGGAGGUAUAAUCUGCCGUUUCAAGCUCCUUCACACCAUGCAGUGAGUCCCUACUGUUCAGUUCUUCCUCCAUACUCAGACCUGCUGAGUCUGAAGCCUGCCUGGGAAGCACUGCAGAUCACCUGGAACACAGCAUGGCAUUCUGGGAUUGAUGGACUGCUAGAGCAUCUGAGGGGUUUUAGGAGUGAUGUACCUGAGUUUCAUGGUGAACUGGUGCUGUCUGAAUCUCAGGCGGUGGUCUUAAGAAUAAGCAACUUAAAGUCCGGGUUACAUGACUGUGUUCACAAGGUACGGGACGCGAGCUCCCACAGCACCGUGACCUUCGCCAUGACCAGGAUGCACCUGUACCUCCUCGCAGACCGCCUUGCACUCAAAUCCACCGCCCAGAGCAACAAGAACAUCCUGCAAACCCUGAGCUGGCACAACGCUGUAGAGAGAUUUCUGAUGGUACGUCCAGCUUGUCGUCAAGAUGAGAGGCUCUUGGUGGACAUUGUGUCAUUCCUCAACACCUUCUUCAAGCAGAACCAGUCUGAACUGGACCACCAGGACCUAAAAUGGCUCUUAGAAUUACUCCUAAACCAGAUGCACCUCACAGUGUGCUAUUGCACCCACCUCAGUCACCGGCUACAGAGAGAACUGACAGGCCUCUUCAACACUCUGCUGCUUCGAAUGACACACACUUCUGACAGGAUUUGUGAGGUUCUGUCUGGACCAUUUGCCUCUGAACUGUCAAUGCGCCUGCUACAGUGCCUACGCUUGUCCGAUGCUCCAUGCUUCUAUGGCCUGCCAUCUCUAGAGCGCACUCUCAGGACCAUGGCCCAUGUGACCGCCCUGCCUGGCUGGAGCACACACACACCCAACAUGGAGCCAAACACACUCUGCCUCAAGUACCUCAGUGGCCUCUUGGAAGUCAUCUCUUCAUUCUACGUAGAUUUGGGAGGAAACUCGAUGUCCUUCAUGGGCAAAGGAGUGACAAAAAACGCAGUUAUCUGCCUGCUUCAUCUGUCACAUGAGAUGAUGAAGGAAAGUAAAAAUGAGGACUGGAUAUCCUUGUGGUCUCUGGGCCGUGAGCAAAGGUCUGAUGGGCAGAGUGCUGCCCAGCUUGGCUUGGCCUGGCUAAUUCCUCUGUGGGUGGACCGAGACCCUGAGGUCCGCUGUGCCAGCCUGGCUGUGGGUGCGGCUCUGAGUUCGCUGGAGAGAGGGUGUGUGGCGUUGUCAGAGAGUUGCCAGAACAUUUCAGGAGGUCUGUGGGCCACGGUACUCAACAUCCUGCUGGAAAGACAGGAGUGCAGUAUGGUGCACCGAGAGGCAGCGUUUAUUUUGCAAAACCUCCUUGUGAUGCCAAUGCCUGCUAAUGCAGAAGAGGCCAAAGAGUGUGCCUGGCAGAGCCCCUGUGUGCAUGAUGAGGAUUCAGGCCUGUGUCUGGUCGGGCUUCCUGCCCUGCAGGCUCUGUUGUACCACUGCCAGUUUUUUGAGAGCGUGGGCCGGAUGGUGAAGAGCUGUUACAUGGGCAGACAUGCCUUCACCCUCAGCCCCCCUCCACCGCCAGCCAAUGUCACCCAGGAGACUGAUCUGAAUGAUUCUCUGAAGCACUGGAGAGAGAUGCUUGCUCCUCUAAACCAAACUCAGGGCUCAGGAUCCAUGUCCACCUCCAGUACUCUGAUUCCAUCAGGUAGCUCUAGUGGGACUCAUUCUCCAGUUCUGACCUCAGCUGUUGCUGGAAUCCAGGACACUCCAGUCAACAGACUCACUGCUCAAGGCCAGAGUGACACGGACAGCUCAGACUCUGCCCUCACUCAUGAGUCCCACCCAGGGGGGAUGACCGAGCCUGGUGCUAUAGUAACCCCACACCUGUUGCUAGCAGUAUGCGGUUUACUGGACAACCUGCUGGCUGUGCUUCCUGAGUUUAGUCUAUCUGCCCUCAAACAGAACCAAAUACUUGAGAACAUGGCCAGUGUUGUUGAUGCAGCGGCCAUAUCCCUGUGUGUCAAUGAGUUAAGGACACCUCUCCUGCCAGCUGCUAUGGAAGAUGCCAGGAACCAGGUGCUGAGUAGUGUGUGUUAUGUGCAACUGCUGAACAACCUCAUUUCCAUCCUCACGCUGUCUGUCGCUGACUUGGAUGCGCAGGCCCAGGGUGCAAUGCUCAACACCUGGGCGGAUGUGUUGAUGCUCCUGGCUACUUUGCUGCGCAGGAACCAAGCUGCGGUCGGCCCAUCUGUCGGUGUGGCACUGGGGAAACACUGGCAGCGCUUUUCAGACACUCUCCAAGUGUGUUUGGACCAAUCGGGCGCUGAGUCUUCUCUCUACACAUCGACCCUGCACUUUCUGUGUGUGCUGUUCACAGAGGAGGCUAAGAGGAGAUCAGGAGGCCACACAGAGGAUCGGGCAAGCUCCUCGCUAACUGCAGUCCUUUCUUCUGAGCCUGGGGAGGUAAUUUGUGAACUAUUACUAGAGCAAUAUGAGAAGAUUCCAUUCCAGGACCCCUUGAAAAAGAUGACGGCCAAAGCGCUCAUGUCUCUGUUAGCCUGUAGCUCCAGCGCUCAGAGUUAUGCAUGUAAAGCUGGUGAGAUUGACAGCUGUGUGGAACGCAUGAAGCACAUUUACGCAGAGCUUCACCUGGAGUCUGUGAAAACGGGCAAGAGUGCUCACAGGAGGAAGGUGGAGAACAGCACGAGAGAGCUUAAGAUGAUUCUAGAGAUACUGCGAAAUUGCCUGUAUCAACAUAAUGAAUGCAAAGCUGUGGCUACAGAGCUGCGUCUGGCAGCGGUGCUGAUGGCUCUGUGGCCCUGGUUCCUGCUCGACGAUCUCACCAUGACAGCAGCCCUGGAACUGCUCUGUGUCUACACGACUAACUGCACAGUGGCAUGCAGUGCUUUAUGUAGCAGCAGCAGUGGUAUCUCUGGCUCAGUUCAGGCUGUUCUUCCUAAGACUGCGGUCACAAAUUCACUGAUGCAUGGGGUGAUGAAACUGGCCUCCCAGGUUGCCCCUGACAACAGCAGCAUCCACAGUCUGGCUUUCUCACUGCUGGCCAACUUGGCCAUCUCAAGGGACUGCAGAGGGGUACUGCUGAAGAGUAACUUCCUGCAGCACUUCCUGUCUCUCCCUAUGCCUAAGGCAGGUGGUCGAAGCGGCAGUCCGGCGGUGGAGCCUCUGUUCCUCUGGCUCAAGCUGCUGCUGAACGUGUCGUUUGGGGAGGACGGACAGCAGAUGAUCCUCAGGCUCCGAGGGGCUUUGGAGCUGCUGGUCGGACUGGCCCAGUCCAAACAAUCCAGCUCUAAACCCACCAUCCUGCUUAUUCUCCACAACAUCUGCUUCUGCUCCGCUAACAAGCCCAAAGUCUUAGCCAAUGAUAAAGCGGUUGAGCUGCUAAUAUCUUGUUUGGGCAGUAGCUCAUCAGAAAUACGUACCAUAGGAGCUUCUGCGCUUUGGGCUCUGUUGCACAACAAUCAGAAGGCAAAGGCCACUUUGAAGUGUCCUUCCAUCAGACUGAAAGUUGAAGAGGCAUACAUGUCUGCCAGGAAAGAUGAAGAGCAGACAAGUGACAAACCCCUGAACGUCUAUCUUCUGAAGUGCCUUAGAAAUCUCACACACAUCUUCAGCUCCUAAGUGCCUCUCAGAUCAUGAAAGUCACCUAAUAAUGUGAAUGUUUAUGUAUGUUUUGGUACAAAAUUCAUUCUGAGUUUUUGUAUAUUUGUUUUGUUUUGUAGCAAAUCAAUAAAUGAGCUGGUUUUACAGUAGACGCCUCUCCAUUCUUCAACUGUAAAAAAUGAUCAAAUGCACUGUAAAAAACUGUAUUUUUGGGUGUACUAGCACUUU